AGCUGCUCGGUUGCCUGGGCGACCAGUGCAAGGCCCCACCUCUUCAAGCCCCGUCCCUCGCGCCUAGCCCCCAGCGCACCUCAAGAGUGCUGGCUUGGCUGGGAGCUCGGGUCUCGCGCGCUGGGGACGCGCCAUGUCCACGUGGAGCGUGCGGCGGAGGCCGGGGCGCACGCUGGGAAUCCUGCUGCUGGUGAUCGUGGGCUUCCUGGUGGUCCGCAGAUUGAACUGGCGCAGCCUGAUCCCUCUGUGGCUGAGACACCGGCACAAAGGGUUGCAGGCCAAUGGCCAGAACUUCAUGUUGGAGGACUCCACCUUCUGGAUCUUUGGGGGCUCCAUGCACUACUUCCGGGUACCCAAGGAAUACUGGAAGGACCGCUUGCUGAAGAUGAGAGCCUGUGGCCUGAAUACCCUAACCACCUAUAUUCCAUGGAACCUGCAUGAGCCAGAAAGAGGCAAAUUUGACUUCUCUGGGAACCUGGACCUGGAGGCCUUUGUACUGAUGGCUGAGGAAGUGGGAUUAUGGGUGAUUCUGCGACCUGGCCCCUACAUCUGCAGUGAAAUUGACCUUGGGGGCCUGCCCAGCUGGCUACUCCAGGACCCUGGCAUGAAACUGAGAACAACAUACAAGGGCUUCACAGAAGCAGUGGAUCUUUAUUUCGAUCACCUGAUGUCCAGGGUGGUUCCACUUCAGUACAAGCAUGGUGGACCUGUUAUUGCUGUGCAGGUGGAGAAUGAAUAUGGUUCCUACUACAAAGACCCUGCUUAUAUGCCUUACAUCAAGAAGGCUUUGGAGAACCGGGGAAUCGUGGAGCUGCUUUUGACUUCAGACAACAGGGAUGGCCUGAGCAAGGGUGUGCUGGAUGGAGUGCUGGCCACCAUCAACUUACAGUCACAACAGGACCUACAGGCAUUAACAACCUUCCUUCUAAGUGUCCAGGGAGUGCGGCCCAAGAUGGUGAUGGAGUAUUGGACUGGUUGGUUUGACUCAUGGGGCGGCCCCCACAACAUUCUGGACUCUUCGGAGGUGUUGAAGACAGUGUCUGCCAUUCUGGAUGCAGGCUCUUCCUUCAACCUCUACAUGUUCCAUGGAGGUACCAACUUCGGCUUCAUAAAUGGAGCCAUGCAUUUCAGUGAAUAUAAGUCUGAUGUCACCAGCUAUGAUUAUGAUGCGGUGCUGACAGAGGCUGGGGAUUACACUGCCAAAUAUGUCAAGCUCCGAGACUUCUUCAGCUCCCUCUCAGGUGUCCCUCUUCCUAUCCCACCCGAUCUUCUCCCCAAGACAGCAUAUGAACCCUUGAGACCUUCCUUCUACCUGUCACUGUGGGAUGCUCUGCAGUACAUGGAGGUGCCAGUAUAUGCUGAAAAGCCAGUCAACAUGGAGAACCUGCCAGUAAACAAUGGAAAUGGCCAGUCCUUCGGAUACAUUCUGUAUGAGACUUCCAUUACCUCUUCCGGGGUCCUCAGGGGUCUCGUGCGUGACCGGGGACAGGUCUUUGUGAACACAGUAUCUAUAGGAUUCUUGGACUAUGAAAAGAAGGAGAUUGGUAUCCCAUUGAUCCAGGGUUAUACCAUACUGAGGAUCUUGGUGGAGAAUCGUGGACGAGUCAACUAUGGGGAUAAUAUUGAUGACCAGCGCAAAGGUAUAAUUGGAAAUAUCUACUUGAAUGAUUCUCCCCUGAAAAAAUUCAAAAUCUACAGCCUGGAUAUGAAAGAGAAGUUCUUUCAGAGGUUCUCCUCUGGGACGUGGAGCCCUAUCCCCGAUGCCCCUGCCUUCCCUGCUUUCUUCCUGGGGCCCUUAUCAGUUGCCUUUUCUCCCUCUGACACCUUCAUGAAGCUGGAGGGCUGGGAGAAGGGGGUAGUAUUCGUCAAUGGCCGAAAUCUUGGACGGUACUGGAACAUCGGGCCCCAGGAGACCCUCUACCUCCCAGGUGCCUGGUUGGAGCAAGGCCUCAACAAGGUCCUUGUUUUCGAGGAGAAGAUGGCAGGCCCUGUGAUACAGUUUACAGAAACUCCCCAUCUCGGCAGGAACCAAUACUUUAACUGAGUGGCACUGCUGAUGCUCCCUGGUGGUGGGAAGCAUGAGAGUCACUUCCUCUCCACUGGGUGCCCUCAUUUCCUGGAAGUGUCUUCUCAGAAUUUCCCAUAAGUAGCGAACUUGGGGGGCAAGUACCACAGCUCUGCCCACUACUUUGUCUAGGCUUGGUGAAGGAGAGGUGAGAUAGCAAGGGUGUGACUUCUCAUCCAAGUGACUUUGUGAUGACUAAGCUUCAUUGAUGGCACCUUCCUACUUCCCUACUCUUCUACAAAAGGAUGGAGGGCUAUCUCUUAGGGGGAGUAGGCCUCUCAGCAGGAUGUCACUCGGAGCUCUGUCUAGUGAUGUCUGGCCUCCUCAGGCAGGCAUGGACUUGUUGGGCAUGACUGACAGGCAUGAGUUUGUUCCUUGGAAUGUUAUCACCAGCUCACUUUCAUGACCUACAUGGCUGCUUUAUUGGUUCUAAAAUAUAGUGGGUUUAUUACCAUUUGUAGAAGACAGGGAGGAAACAGGGAUUCUUGCCUGAGUCAACUUUGUUCAUUCUCUACAAUCCACCUCGCACCUUCGCUGGAAUUCUGGGAGAAGCUCCAUUUGAGAGGCACACAUUUUCUCCUUUUCAUUCCCACUUUCAUUGCAUCUGGCAGGGUAACAUGCAGAAGUUGGAGAGAAACAGAAAUAGUCACUUAUUUUCCUGAAUUAGAGAGUACUUCCAGUUUGAUGCAGUGGGAUGAAGCAUCAACUGAGAAGGAGCUGUAGCUCCCAGCAGGAACCAUGCCCCUCUCUGAGGGUCCAGGAGGGAAAGGACAAGUGGUUCCUAGGAGUUUGGGGAAUACCAUGGAGCCUGCAUGCCUAAUAUAGGCCUUGAUUUCAGUUUGGUCUCUGCCCUCAACACCAGUAGCCAAUUCCUGUCUUUGCAGUUGUCCACAUUUGAGGUGCAUGGAUCUAAUACAGUGGUUUGAUUCAGGUUCAUUGAAUUGCAAUAAAGCAGUAGAGAUGUGUCCACUC